UGUGUGUGACGUGUGCGAUAAAUGUAUAGUUGUGUGUGUGAACGUCUUCUUGCAGCUUUCUCGUAGUAUUCUCGCAGCUUUCUUGCAGUUUUCUCGCAGCUUGGUAAAAAUCAGUGGCUGUCAUUUUUUCACAGCAAAGAAAAUCCGGAAAAUAUGGAGCCUGCAAAGGAAAAUGGGGACAUCCCGAAGAGUGAAGAGAUCACCAAGAGGUCAAUUCGUGUCCAAGUAUGGAAGAAGCUCCUCGAGCAGAAAGCCGCAACUCACACGAACUACGUCUACAAUCGCAUUACGAACUUUGUGGGGGCCGAGAAGGCCGCCGCCCUCCUGGCUGAUACGCAGGAGUUCAAGAAUGCCCAAAGAGUGAAGAUCAACACGGAUAAGCCGCAGGAACCCAUCAAACUGCUGGCACUUGGCGCUGGGAAGCCUCUUUUUGUGUCCCCAGUGCGCGACUCCACUGCCCUCCUGGCAAAGAUCGAAGCACCAGCUGAUGCCGAUCUUACAGUCCAGAAGCAACUCAUUCGCCCACAGGGACUCCGUGAGAAUGGUCAGGAAAUCACUCAUGACACGGACUUGAAGCUGGAUAUGAUUGUAAUUGGAUCUGUUGCGGUGGAUAGAGAUGGACGUCGAAUUGGCAAGGGGAAUGGCUACGUGGAUCUGGACUUUGCGCUUCUCGUGCACUGUGGAGUUAUCACCAAUGACACCCUAAUCGUGACAACGGUCCACGAUGCUCAGGUCUCAGAGAGCUUACCGACGGAUCUGUUCAAGAGCUACGAUGUACCUGUGGAUAUGAUUGUGACACCCACGGAGGUGAUCCGUGUGGCAAAGCGCCUUCCGCGUCCACAGGGUAUUGAAUGGCAUUUGCUGUCGAAUCGUCGUCUAGGCAUUGUGCCCGUGCUCAAAGUCAUCAAAGAGAAGGAGGAGGCAUCGGGCAAGGUGAUUGAGCUCAAGUCCGAAGAUACUGAUGUUGAGACAAAUCGCAAGCCUCGUCAGAAUCGGAAUAAGCGUUUCAUGCGACGCACUCGUAAGCCGCGCAAUUCUGAGAAUAAUGGCGAUAAUAACGAAAAUCAACGAAAUCGACGCCCACGUAGGAAAUUUCCAAGACGUCGUAGCGAGAGAGACAAUCAGAAUGGUGGGCAGGAGAAUCCGGAUAAGCCAGCUGGGGAUCGUCGUCGAGGAACUGAUCACAGCAAUAAUAUUUGUAUUAAAGUUACAAAUAUCUCCAAAAAUAUCCGAGUGAAGGACAUCAAGCAGGAGAUUCGAAAACGUGGUUGCAAUCCACAUUUUAUCUCUUGGAAAAACGGAAGAUGUUUCUUGUAUUUCCACAAACCAGCCACUGACAUUGAGCAGGCUACCGAAGAUCUCCUCAACUCCCUGGCUAAUCUGAAGGUGAGUGUUGAGAAUGAGGAGGUUGAAUUGCGCGUUGAAGUCAUGAAGAUGAACAAUCAGGAGCGCAAUAAUAAAAACGAUCUAAAUAGAAUUGAGACCACUGACGUCACAGCAGUGUAAAUCAAUUUUAUUUUCUUUAAACUAAAUGAAAAGAAGAAAAAUCAAGAAUUUUUUUUUUUAAAAAGAAGGUGGGAUUAAUAGCAAAGAAGUAAAGCGGUGAGAAGAAAAAAUCUCCACGGAGAUUUUUUUUAUUUUGAAAUAAUUGCUAAAAAAAAAAUUUGAAAUAGUGAAAAGAGAUCGAGAACAAAAAUAUAAAAAAAGAGAAUUAUUGAGAAUUUUAGACAAGCGACCGAUUUAUUGCAAAGAAGGAUGCUUCAUUAAUAUUUUGUUUUUUUUUAUAUCGAAAUCAAAGAAUUUUUUGAUUGUUUUUCAAAUGAGUUUUAUAAUGCGACAAAAAAUAUGAAAAAAAACCUAAAAAAAAAUUGCAGUUCAAAGAUUUUUCAUACCAAUAAUGAUAUAUUAUGAUUUUCUGUUUUUAAACCAAUUUAACAAUUAAAAUUUCUUUUAUCUUUUCUCCAAUUUUUUAUUUUAUUUCAUUAUGAGCUAGAUUAAUUGCUCUUAAAAUUGGUAAAAGAAAAAUUGACAAUUUUUUUUAAGUACGAUAGAAAUGAUGAUUGAUAAAAAAAAGAGAUUAAGAAAGAAGAAAAAAAAAAGCACAUAAUGAAGUAAUAUUUAAAAGAAAAAAAAAAGAAAUAAUUAACCCAUUAACAGAUGAGAUCAGUAAAUUGAAGAAAGAAAAAAAAGAGAGAUAUGAUGAAAAAAUAACUACCUAUAUAAGAGUUUUUAAUUGUAAUAAUACGUAUAAAUUGACAAGAGAAUGAAGAGAUAUUUCAAUAUGUUUUUGAAAACAAAAAAUAAAUGAAUUAACAACUUUUUUUUUCUUUCCAAAAAAUAAAAUCUAAUGACGACCUAACAUUAUGAUUUAUUAUUUACAAAUGAGAAUGAGAAAUGAGAAAACGAACCACAAUAUUUAUGUUAAAUAUAUUUUUUUUCUUCGUGUUAACAUAGUUUUAUAUGGAUAACAUUUUUCCUCUUUUUCUUUUUAAAUGCAUCGUGCAGGAGAAACGGCAAAGAAAUAAUUUAAAAAAAAAGCUCUUAAAGCUCUUCUUGUGAAUUAGUUGGUAUUGAUAUUGUGCAAAUAAUGUCGGCACAAAUUUUCUAUUUUCUAUCCUAAUGAAAAGUUUUUUUUAAUGUACAAGUAUAAGUAUAAUAUUUAUUUAAGUUCUUUCUUCUUGCAUUACCUCCUUGUUGUGUCCAUCAUUCAGAACGUCUCUCAUUUGAUUACUUUUUAAGCGCGAGAUGUUCCGUUUUCUCCUGCAAAGUUUUACUUUAUUUUUUUCACUUCUUGUGCAUCAAAAAUAUCUCUUUUGACAAAAAAUAAAUUUGGAACCACGAAAAUGAGUAAAAAAUUUUUCAAAUUCUCUUUCCUUCAAAUGAAAUUCCCUUCAUUUUGCAGUUCAAUGAAAUUUUACUACAAUGAGACGUAACAAGUUUUGUAUGACAUUUAAUAGAACCUCCACAAUUUUUUUUAAAGAUUUUUUUUUGUGCGGAAAAAGGGAUCAUAUUUUCUCCUUUAAAAAUAAUCCCACUGAUUUUCAGAAUAGAGAAAAAUUACAAAACAAGAGAAAAUCUUUCUUAUCUAAAAAAGAAAAACCAACAAAAUCGUAAAGAAAUUGUGUCAAAGCAAAAGAAAUUUUGCCCUAUACCCAAAUCAUAUUGAAAAAAAAAAGAAAAUCAUUUUUAUUAGAAUGAACAAAAUAAACAUUUAUUAAUAAAAUAUAUUAUUAUAUACAAUUUAUUCACAAUCAACAUUUUAUUAUAAACUUAAAACAAACAAAAAAAUACACAGAAAUAAAUAAUUAAAAUGCAAAACUGUUUAAAUAAAAUACAAGACUGUUAUGGGCUCUGAUGGAGAAGGUUUUAAAAAAUAUAUAUA